AUGGCCGACCAAGCUUCCCAACCCUCUGCCUCACCCUCAACCCCUUCAAAUGACCAAAUCGCCAUGCGAGAGGCAGCAUUCCUUACUGCUAGUCUCAAACUUGCUGCCCAACCCUACACCAUCCUUAGAAUCGCUGCCAUCUCAACUGAGAGCGAGAAGAAGAGAUGCGAUGACACAGAGGUGUUUGGUAACAUUCUGAGUAAUUUGGAGCAAGGAGGAGGAUUACCCGAGGUAGGGGUUGUAAACCAACCUCUGUCUAUGGAGGAGGUGACGGUGGCGGUGACUGAAGAAGUUGUGGUGGUGGAGGAAGUGGUGAAUGAAGAAGAGACAAGAAGAGGCACUCUGGCCUUAGAGACUCCUGAGGUGACUGCCAAUGCAGAAACCUAUGAUAGACCCUCCAGAGUUUCGGUGGAGGAGAUUGCGGUGGCUGAAGUUGCGAUGGAGGAGGUUACGGUAGAGACGCAACUAGAGGUAGUUGGGGAGAAAAAGAAGAAGAAAAGAAAAGGGAAAAAGGCUGUAGAAGGUAAGUCUUCUCAUCAUUGCAAGGAGAAAAAGAAUAAAGAAAAGCAUGAUGACGAAGAUGAAGAAGCCAAGAAGGAAAGGAAGAGAAAAGAGAAGGAAGAAAUAAGAGAGCACCGGCUUGAGGAAAGGCGCCUAAGGAAAGAAGAAGAAAAGAAGAUGAGGACUGCAAGCCUCGAGAAGGAUGGAGAAUCAACCUCCGUAAGGGAGGACAGGUAG